GCUCUGCGUUGACGAUGUUCUACAGCUCUAAAGAUAAUAUAGUUCCGUACGGAAAAGGAAGUUUUGGUACAGAAAUUAGCUAAAUGCUAGCCGUGUACAGUGCGGUUCUGUACAACAUAUUUUUUUUUAUUUUUAUGUGUACUUUUAUUUAAAAACUUUAAGGUCAAAAUGUGUAACGGCUGUGUGCAAAAAGAGUAUCCGGACCGGGGUAGUACCUGUCUAGAGAACGGCUCAUAUCUGAUGAACUACCUGGGCUGCGCCAACUGCCAUCAGAGGGACUUCGUACUCAUCAGCAAUAAAACCACUGAGGAUGAUGAUGGAGAGGAAAUUGUCACAUAUGAUCAUGUUUGUAAAAACUGUGACCACAUAAUUGCCAGACAUGAGUAUACAUUCUCUGUUGUGGAUGAAUAUCAGGAGUAUACUAUGCUCUGCAUGCUGUGUGGAAAAGCAGAAGACUCCAUCAGUGUGUUACCAGAUGACCCGAGACAGUCUGCACCUCUCUUCUAGACAAAUGCCACCAAACCUGCAGCUUUUAGAUUGACAGUUCUCACCAUACAGAUUUCUCUCUUCCAUGGCUCUAAAGAGUUUUAUUAAACAUGCAAAGUACUAUUUAUCUACACUUUGAGGUAAACUUGUAAGUGGUUUUGAAGUGCUGAUCACUGUAAUAAUGGCAGAUGAGCAGGAGAUAAAGCUUUUUAAGAUACUACAAAAACAGAAAAAAAGUCCCUUGAUAAUUUACUGUAAAUAAAUUUUACAAUUUUUUCCAGUCA